AUGCAUUGUUUUGAGAAGAUUGUGUUGAAGAGCUCCGAUGAUGAAAUCUUUGAGGUUGAUGAAGCGACCGCACGCCAAAUACUGACGCCAGCUGCUCCUCUUCUUGUUAAAGACAGUCACGACGUCAAACAAGCAGCAGUCCCGGUCAAAGGCAAGAUCCUCGCGAAACUGAUUGAGUAUUGCAAGAAACUCGUCGACGGUGCUGUUUCUUCGUCGGGCGAGUAUCAUCUCAGGAAGUGGGAGGCUGAGUUCAUGGAAGUCGAUCAAAGCACGCUCUUCCAGAUCAUGAUGGCUGCUGAUGAGCUAAAGAUCCAAAGCUUGUUUGACCUUACUUGUAAAACAGUCGCCCGCAUGAUGAAUAAUAAAACAGUCGCUGAACUUCGUGAAAUCUUCAACAUCAAAUACGAUGCCACAGACUUGGAAGCAGAAGAAGAGAUGCGCCAGGAGCAUCCAUGGGCUUUUGAAUGA